CAACACAAUGCCAACAAACAGGCCGAUACAGGGGUGUUGGAUGACUUGUCUUUGUAUGGUGUGAAAAGCUGAUGCUGCAGUUUCACAGCACAAUGACAGAAGGCGGAGACCAAGAACCUAAAGACUGAUGAGCUGACUGUACCUGUCUACCUCCUGGGCUGCUGCCCUCCUCUCCGCCGUUGCCAAGGUUUCCGUGUACGCGCUGAGAGCAGAGCGGAGCCGCGCGAUUGUCAUACAGUAUUGCCAGACAUGGCGGCGGAUCUACAACCCGAGUGGCUUUCUUGUCUCCCGUCUUCCUGGAGUUAUGGGGUUACUCGGGAUGGACGCGUCUUCUUCGUUAACGAAGAAGCCAAGAGUACAACCUGGCUGCAUCCAGUGAGUGGCGAGGCAGUAAUAACCGGACACAGAAAAACUCCAGACCUCCCCACUGGAUGGGAAGAAGGAUAUACUUUCGAGGGAGCGCGGUGCUUUAUCAAUCACAAUGAGCGGAAGGUGACCUGCAAGCAUCCUGUCUCAGGCCUACCCUCACAAGACAACUGCAUCUUUGUCGUCAACGAACAAACUGCCUCCCAAGUGCCAGCGAAUGAGAAGAAGGAACGGCCACUAAGCACCAUGAGUGAAGCCUCCAACUACACAGGCGGCUUGGACUGCGCCGCAAACCCCAGCAGCCCAGCAGGAAGACCCUCAAGACCUCCUAAAAAACUUCAUAAUUUUGGGAAGAGAUCCAAUUCUAUCAGGAGGAAUCCUAGUGCCCCAGUAAUGAAGAGAAACUGGCUUUAUAAACAGGACAGCACAGGGAUGAAGCUGUGGAAAAAGAGGUGGUUUGUGCUGUCUGACUUGUGCCUCUUCUACUACAGAGAUGAAAAAGAGGAGGGGAUACUUGGCAGCAUCCUUCUACCAAGCUUUCAUAUAUCAAUGCUGUCUGUGGAUGAUCAUAUUAACAGAAAGUAUGCCUUCAAGGCAACACAUCCCAACAUGCGAACAUACUACUUUUGCACAGACACUGCCAAAGAAAUGGAGUCUUGGAUGAAAGUAAUGACAGAUGCUGCACUUCUGCAUUCAGAGCCAGUCAAAAGGUUGGACAAACUAAAAGUGGAGCAGUGUGGACCACAGGAGGUUAACCAUGUGGCGAAUCACAGGCCGCCACUCACACAACCGGAAAUUCAGAAAAACGAACGCAACCGAGAGGUUGAUUGUGAGCACACCGCAACAGUAACCUCCUCCACAGCAGAAGAGGAAAGGAAGCUGCGAGAUGCUGAGCGCUACGGCUUCCAGAAAGACGGCGAAGAGCGUGAGCGUCCCCUGACCAAGAUCAACAGCAUCAAACUGCAGCCGGCUCAGGCAGCAGCCAUCACGGCCAACAUCACCUCAGCACGGACUGCAGUAGAGCUGGACGGGUCACACCGCAGCCCGCAGGUCAACGGGGCUAGUGAGCAGUGUCCAGCUAACGGAAGUGGAGUCCCUCCUCAGCGAAGUCCAGCGAACCAUGAGCCGGAGAGAACCCUGAGUAGGACCAGCUCCAUGCAGCAGCUGGAGCAGUGGGUCCGCACACAGAGAGUACGCAACCAGGAUGAUGACACCAGGAGCAUCACGUCAUACCAGACGCUGCCUAGAAACAUGCCAAGCCAUCGGGUUCCCUAUAUGCCUGCUUAUGGCGACGGCUACCGCAGCAUGCCCAGAAAUAGCAUGGCACAGCGGGACAGCAUCUGCAGCAUGUCCCCAUCGUUGUAUGACCAGGCCCUGGGUCCCUCACCGAAUGACAAGCGCCGCUCCAUGCGCGACGACACCAUGUGGCAGUUAUAUGAGUGGCAGCAAAGGCAGGCGUACUGCAGGCCGCCGGGACUCUAUAGCAAUAUGGCCAGUCCCAAAACCAUGAUCAACCUGUCAGAACAUGCUGCACAGAGCCACUCCAUCCCCCCCUCGCCUUCCCACGGCUCCCUGUCCAUGUACGGUGGCUACUCUCCGAUGCGAUCCUACAAUAUGAGCAGUGCCCGAUCAGAGGUUUCCUCUCCCAUCUACCAAAGAGACAUGAGCAUCGACAGGCGGCAAAGGCCACAAAUCAAUAAGUAUGCCUAUCCACCAGAUAGGAGGUCUAUGCCUGCAGGAAUCCCAGUUCAGACUAUCAAUGCCCAGUCUCUCCAAGGAAAAACACCUGAGGAACUGACUCUGCUGCUGAUAAAGCUGCGGCGGCAGCAGGCAGAGCUAAACAGUAUCCGGGAGCACACUGUAGCACAGCUUAUGCAACUAAACAUGGAUGGCGACAACCCAAAGAAUGACAUUCUCUCCCAUCACCUCCAAAGGAACCUCAUGUAUUUGGACAAUCAGAUGAAGGAAAAUGACCCUUUAAUCGUCAUGACUCACACUUUGAUUGAGAACUCUGCCCCAAGGCCUCAACUUUACCAGCAACUGAACCCAGAAGACUACAGAGAACACGCCUACUCAUGCAUGCCAGAAGAGGUGGACAUUGAUACCAAACUUAGCAGGUUGUGUGAGCAGGACAAAUUGGUGAGCACACAGGAGGAAAAACUUCAGCAGCUCUACAGAGAGAAGCACACCCUGGAGACAGCCCUGCUAUCAGCCAGCCAGGAGAUAGAGAUGGGCUCCGAUAACCCGGCUGCCAUGCAGAGUGUCAUCCAGCAGAGAGACUUACUGCAGAGCGGCCUCCUCAGCACCUGCAGAGAGCUGUCCAGAGUCACAUCUGAGUUGGAGAGGUCAUGGAGGGAGUAUGACAAGCUGGAAGGAGAUGUGACUCUGGCUAAGAACAACCUGCUGGAGCAGUUAGAAGCGCUGGGAAGCCCUCAGACUGAGCCUCCCAGCCAGCAGCACGUCCACAUCCAGAAGGAGCUUUGGAGGAUUCAAGAUGUGAUGGAGGCCCUCAAUAAAAACAAAGCCCAGAGAAGUGCUGCCGAUGGAAUGAGCCUCUAUGGGCCCAAGAGCAACUUCAGCAAGCACAAAACCGAGGAGGAGGACUUGGUGCCCCCACGGCCACCCUUACCCGAGUCCUACGAGCCCAACCCCCCCACCGUGCCCCCUAUGCCCUCUCUUGCUGGUGUGCGACCUUCAUCAGUCCACAGGCCGGAGGACAGGAAGACAAAUCACAGGAAUGGCACGCGCAGCGGUCCAGACUACAGGCUGUAUAAGAGUGAACCAGAGCUCACCACAGUAGCGGAAGUGGACGAGAGUAACGGAGAGGACAGAUCUGAACACCCAUCUGAUCAUUCUGGAAACAAAGGGAUGUCCUACCCAGUGGGCAUCGUCCCACCUAGGACCAAAUCUCCAGUGCCUGAAUCUUCCUCCAUAGCUUCAUACGUUACCUUACGAAAGAGCAAGAAGCCCGACCCCAGGAUGGAGCGUCCACGAAGUGCAGUGGAGCAGCAGCUGUGUGCUGCAGAGACUGGCCGGCCCAGGAUGAGCGUAGAGGAGCAGCUGGAGAGGAUCCGCCGCCACCAGCAGGGUGCACUCAGGGAGAAGAAGAAAGGCCUCAGCAUCCGGGGUGGCAGCCAGGAGAACACACCCUCUCGCAGCCACUCAUUUAAUAAAGAUAACCAUUUCCGCAGCAUGCAGUCCCAAAUGAGGCGCAGAGAUGAGGUGAUGAGCAGUGACAUUCUGGAGCUGGAGGCUUCACUCAGGCAGCAGGAGGUGGUGAGGGAGCAGGAGACGCCCGCUGAGGAGAUUGCCCGUCUGAAAGAAGCCUCGCAGGCUGACCACUUUAAUGUGGACCGAGAACUUUCUGUGCCUGACAAAGUGCUGAUUCCUGAGCGCUACAUGGAGUCAGAACCGGAGGAGGCACUGAGCCCCGAGCAGGAGGCUGAUAAGCAGAGAAAAGUUGACCGCAUCAAAGCCCUCAUAGCCAAAAACAGCAUGCAGAAUGUGCUGCCUAGUAUGGCUUUAAGCCCAGAGGAGGAGGCUGAAGAGGAGGUUACCGUACAGGAGAAAGAGAAGAUGAUUAAUAUCUCUUAUGAGCUGGCAGCAGAAGCCUCCAAACGCAGCAAGCUGGUAGCAGUGAAAAGCCUGUCGUCUUCUUCCCCACCCCUUCCACAGUCUCCUAACACACCCCCUCAGCUCACUGAUGGUUCUCACUUCAUGUGUGUGUAGUAGCACCACACAAGCUCUGGCCUCAGUGAAAACGUACACAUGAAGGAAACAGCAGCGGAGGUAUAAAGAUGCUUCUGAAGACUUCCCCAAAGACAUCAGCACAAGGCCAAGUUCUACAGAGUGAAACUGCCUACUCCACAUUCAGAGGUCUUAACCUCUUACUUCUGUAUGCUCACUGUGACGUCUUAAGCUCCUAUGCCACCAAUAACAUUUCUUUCUCUGUGAUCGGCCCUCGUUGGGUCAUUACACUCUCCUCAAGUGAGCGAGAGGAUACAGCUUUGAUACUGUCAUUGCAGUUCUGUUUUACUUUUUCACAAGGUUACAUUUGUUUUUAUUAUUUAUAUGGUUUUAUUAGGUUCUUGUUUGAAUAUGGGUCAACAUCGGUGUGAAUAUCAAUAUGCAUAUAUAUGAGGCUAAUGGACUGACCUCUGUUAUGAGUCUAAAGGCAAAAGGUUUUGGGCCAUGUCACAUUUUCCACUCAUGUUUCACCACCUGUUCAAAUGGUUUUAAGAACAUGUUUUCACAUCAGUUUAGUUUAUUUAAGACUUUUCUAAUUCAGUUCAGUUGUUUGUCAGACAUCGGUCAUCAACUAACCAUUCAUAUUUAUCCAUUUAUUGUAAAGAACAUUUGUCAGUGGGAACGAUGGGUAUAUAAGAGAUAUAGAUUAGACACUUAAUGCUGCAGACUAAGAUUAUUUCUAAUUUCUCCUGUUUCUGGGUUGUAAUUAAAACUUCUGCAGUCCCUGUCGCAUUGUUGCCGACACUUAUGUGAAUGUCCUGGCUUAAGUCACUCUAUAUACUGUCUUUUUUUAUUGCUGAGAGAUAUAUUUAAACUGAAAGAAGGAAAUCUGAGUUUGGAUCUAUUUUAUGACGAUGUUGGUUUGGAGUCCUGGAACUAAAAGGAAAAAAAGAUUAGCACAUGUAAAAAGCAAUAAUAAAAAAAGAGUUUGGGUUCAGGAUGAUUUUUUUUGUGUGUGUGUGUGUACAAAGUGUAAUUACCAGAGGUUUACUGUGUAUAUAAUGUACUUGGUACAGCAGGAUGGGAGGAUGUAUUCCACAUGUGGUUACAUUCUUGAUUUGAUUUGCAAAUGUUCAUAUCCCAUCUGUUUUAUAUCAUGUUAAUAAAUGUUGCUGUUCU